GACGCCGCCUCCUCUUUUCGCCUCCCCACGCCGAGAGGAUGGAGCUUAUUCUUUAACCGUUGUCGCCUGCCCGCGGAGAGGUCCCGUUACACUUACCCGACCGACUUGGCUUACUUCUUGUUCCCCGGGCGGGGGGGGGGGGGGAGGGCGGCGCCCUCCUCCCCGCUCACCGCGGGCUGAGGGGAGUUCUUCCCGCCUCGCUGCGGAGGGGCUGGGGGAAAGUAGAGCGCCCUUCUUCCCCCUUCCCCCCUUGUCUUUUCCACCGCAGGGAGAGAAAAACGUUAUAAUCCCUUCCCUGGCGGAGAGGGAAGGGGAGGGGGAUCCCCUUGCCCCCACCCCUGCCAAGCCGGGCUCCCCUGCCCUUUGCUCCCCGCCAAGCGGAGGGUGAGUCAGACAACUCGCAGGCUGCAAGCAGGUGGGGACAGAAGCUGGCUUCUACCUCGGAGGGGAAGGGUGGUCGUUUUUGCCUCCCUUUCCCGCUUGCUUUCUCCCCCAUAUAGGUGGUGAGGCUGGACCAGGGCGAACUCCUCCGAGUCCUUCGGGCUGUGGAACUCUGGCCAUGGCUGUCGGUGGGGUCGGGACCUCGCUUCUGCUGAUGGCCGGCAUCAUGGUAACAGUGGGGCUGUGCAGGAGAUUAACCCGCCGCCGGCUGCGCUCCCACCCUCGCCUUUACACUUUCCUUUUGGAGAUGUGGAGCACCUUCCAGAUUUGUGCCUGCACUAACGAGCUCUGCCUGCUCGGCAACGUGGAGCCGAAGCCGCACACCGCCCUCACUCUCACCUACGGUUUCACCAUCCUGCACUGCUUGACUCUGACUGGCAGCACAUGCAAUCCCUGUGGUAUUCUGCAGCCAAUGUGGGGCGGUGGGAUACCGGUCAAGAUGGGUGGACUCAAGAUCGCCGCUCAGUUCGUGGCUGCAGUGUUUGCUCGGGUGUUUAUGCACUUUAUCUGGAGCCUGGAGAUGGCAGAGCCACAUUUUGGAGCACUCUCCCAGGGCUGCAGCAACCCCAUGCAGACUACAGAGACGCAGGCAUUCUGCAUAGAACUGCUCUUUUCUGUCGUUUUCCAGUUGACCAUCCUGCGAGUGGAAAGUGUUAAUCCCAAAUACAGAGUCCAUUUGAUUGCUCUUCUCAUCACCAUGCUCGUGUAUGCAGGUGGAAAUCUCACAGGAGCAAUAUUUAACCCAGCAUUGGCUUUUUCAUUACAUGCAAAUUGUUUCUAUGACAAAUUUUUGAGUUACUCACUAGUAUAUUGGAUAGCCCCAUCCUUAGAUGUCAUGUUCAAAGCCUAAGUACUUCUGGGAUACUUCAAGCAAGAUAAGGUACCUACCAAAAAACCACACCACCACAAUUCUAAAUGGAAAAAGAUUAGUGUUCAGGUUAGAGUUAACUAGUUAGUUAUAAACUAACAGCUGUUUACUCUGGAGCAUGAUCCUUUUGAAGCUGCCUGUUGGUUGGGACUUCAUGCCUUCAUAUUAAAAUCCAGCCUGUUUGAGAUCUGCUGCAUAUACUCACACUGACCAAAGGCCCACUGUAGAUUCUAGCAGAAUAUUAAAAAGGAGA